AAGAUGGCUUCGCCGGUUUCCUUCUUGCUCUUGGCAGUCGCUCUCCUGCCCGGGUUUUGUGCUGCCGGGGCAUUGGGGAGUCGCGACCCACCGACGCCGCUGCCGCUGGUGCUCUGGCAUGGGAUGGGAGACAGCUGUUGUAAUCCCUUAAGCAUGGGUGCUGUUAAAAAAAUGGUAGAGAAGAAAAUACCUGGAAUUUACGUCUUAUCUCUGGAGAUUGGGAAGACACUGAUAGAGGAUAUGGAAAACAGCUUCUUCUUGAAUGUCAAUUCCCAAGUAUCGACAGUGUGUCAGACACUUGCCAAGGAUCCAAAAUUGCAACAAGGCUACAAUGCUAUGGGGUUCUCCCAGGGAGGCCAGUUUCUGAGAGCAGUGGCUCAGAGAUGCCCAUCACCUCCCAUGAUCAAUCUCAUCUCUAUUGGGGGACAACAUCAAGGUGUUUUUGGCCUCCCUCGAUGUCCAGGAGAGAGCUCUCAUGUCUGUGACUUGAUCAGGAAAACAUUGAAUGUUGGGGCUUACUCCCAAGCUGUUCAAGAACGCCUGGUCCAAGCAGAGUACUGGCACGACCCCAUAAAGGAGGAUGCAUACCGCAACCACAGCAUCUUCUUGGCAGAUAUAAACCAGGAGAGGGGUGUCAACGAGACCUACAAGAAAAACCUGAUGGCCUUGAAGAAAUUUGUGAUGGUGAAAUUCCUCAAUGAUUCCAUUGUGGAUCCUGUGGAUUCUGAGUGGUUUGGAUUUUACCGAAGUGGCCAAGCCAAGGAAACCAUCCCCUUACAGAAGUCUACCUUGUACACAGAGGACCGCCUGGGACUAAAGGAAAUGGACAAUGCAGGGAAGCUAGUUUUCCUGGCUACAGAAGGGGACCAUCUUCAAUUGUCUGAAGAAUGGUUUGAUACCUCCAUCAUCCCCUUCCUUAAAUGA